GUGAGGAUUCCCGCCCGCAGACGACCAGCGCGCCAUCGGACCCAGCACCGUUCGUCAGGCCCUCUUUCCCUGUCAAAGUCAGAGACCGCUCGGUGAUUGUUGGACUCUCCUCGGCGACCAUGAUGCGCAUCUGCUUCAGGAUUGGUGAGAUGCUGAACGCCUUUGCCAAGUGCGCUCGGGAGAAGCAAGAUGUGGUGCUGGAGCUCUUUGCGAGGGUGAACUAUUCGAGCCGGGAGUUGUCGGCCAGAGUACAGCAUUUCCAGCUCCGGGACCUUUUCACUGACCGACAACCGUUCUUGGGCGGCACACUCAAGGGCUAGAGGCUCGGCGGCGUCGUCGACGGCCACAGCAGCGCGUUCCUCGGGCCGAGUGGCAAGAACAAGCUGUGCCGGUGCGUUUGCAGACUCUCGUACGAUAGCAAGGCGGCCAUUGGGCGUACGGCGUCGAUUCUGUCCAUCAGAGAGACGGACUGGGAUGAGGUUCAGUGGGCGUUGAGGAUGGUUGCGAGGGAUGCGGCGUCAGAUGGCGGCGGUAGCUGUGAGGAGGGUAUGCUCUUCGGGUGUUUGAGUGGUGCAUCUUGAUGGAUUGGGAAGGAGGCAUAUGGGACGCAACUUGCUACACACACGUGGGGGAAGCCAUCUUUGGAACUGUAGGGCAGACUGAUCAAACGGAGCUCAUUGGGAUGAGAAAUCGCUGGAACAGGCGGAAGUGCUCCCAAUAACUGUACACAGUAAUGAAUCUUAAUGUUUGC